AUUCAUGGAGUGGGCUAUCAGUGCAAUGACUUCGAGUCCUUUACGGCCGGUAAGUGUGAUCAAUGCGGACCUAAUGGUGACAAAUGUGCUGUCAUUGGAGAGAACGCCAAACUGUCCCAAAAGUAUGAGAAAACCACACAAAAUACACGAUUCUUCCUCUCGACCACUGGAAAGACACCGUUUUUCAAAUAUGAGUUUGAAAUCCGAGUCCGAUUACCCGAAGAGACCCCCGAUUCCAGUGAUAAUCACGGGAUACUUAUGGUUACCCUUCACGGAGAUAAUGACGAACAGAUCACUUUGAAUGAAAAGGAUCAGAUCUUUCAUUUGGGACAAACGUAUACUUUUAUCGCGAAGUUUGACUACAAAUUCGGUGACGUGAAGAAAGUGACGUUCAAAUGGCACCGAACUCUCGGCGGUAUUAUUAAGCAAAAGAUGUGGAUCGACAGCAUUACAGUCGUCCCCCUCUCGUCCGAUCAUAUUCUGGACACACAGGCACAUCUGAAAGAAAUCAAAACAUUUUGUACCGUUAAUCGCGGAGAAGCCAUUCAAAACGAAAAGGACGUCGACUUCGAUGUCAUUUGUAAAUAA